CACAAUAGGUUCUUAUCUGUAGCUCUUUUAUCAAUAUGUCUCCCUUCUACUGAAACCAAAGGCCGUAAUCAAAGCUAUCUAGGUUCACAUUUGUUAUUAUCUUUGAAUAUCAAUUUUACUUUGCAGAUGCAUAACUUUCAGUCUUGGUUUUGCAUAGCAAAAGAUGAUCAGCUGUUAACAAUAUAGAAUACUUGUGUACGAAAUGGAAAAAUCUGAGCAAAUUCUUAGCUCUUCUUUUAAUGCUUUGACUUUAUUGGGCUGGGAUGAUAGCCCACUAAGCCUUUUUGUAAUUGCACAAGCCUUGAAGCUGGAUUGCUCUGUAACAUUAAUGAAGGCAUUGAUUAAAGAAUUCAAAACAGUGACAGAUCGCAAUGGCAUCGAUUUCGAUAUAUUCCACUUGCAGCUUACAUUGAAACGUAUAGAAGCAAAAUUUUUAAAAGAUGUUCCAUUUUUUCUCUCAAUCGAGAGGGACCAUGCAUACUUUAGGGAAAAACUAUUAACUAUAGUGAAAGGAAGCAUGUUCAGAGAUUAUAUAGCGAAUCUGAAGCGGCGGUUGGAUACAUGCAAUAGCGUCGAAGAAGUUGAAAACUGGUUACAGAAAUUUGUAAAAGUAUGCUGUAUCAUUCCUAGAUUAUCGGAAACACCCACAGUCCUAAGAGUUUGCCGUUUCUUAUUUAGAUCAACGGAAAAAGAUGUCGAGCUCUACAAAUUUAUAGCAGAACUACUGGAAUUUUGUUAUAAUGUCGAUAUUCAAGACAGUCCUCUAGUGACAUCCUUGCUUGUAUUAACCAUAAACUGGUACAUUCUAGACAUCGCAGACGUAGGUCAUUUUCCGCAACCAUUGUACAGAUCAGGCUUUUUGGGUUUUCUCUUGAAACACACUAUAAAUGCAAAGUUCGAUUUGAUUUCUUACUGUUCUGAAUUCCCAAGAUCUCUGUGGAACUAUUCAAGAAGUUUCUCAGUAUUUGAUGCAGUAUCCUGUGGAAACGAAGAACAAACAUUAAUGCUUUUGCAACAUGGAAUGGAAGUAUUCACUGCAAAAGAUCUCAUGAAAAGUGGACAUGUGUUUCAACAUAUUCCUCAAGUCAUUCCACCAAGACAUCUACUCAUCUUACAAAUGAUGCGCAUGAUGAGAUCUAUAAAUAUGUUCAUUCUGAAUGCUGUUCGUUCAGCAGACUUCGGACUCUAUUCUGCAACUCAAGAUCAGAAGAGGAGUUUCGAACUUGUAUGGAGGGCCAUACCAGACCCUCAUAUAAAAUAUAAAGAAAUUGCGGUUGACAUUUUGAAAGAAUAUUGCUUUCUUGAGCGACAUUAUGUGACCAACCCCAUGCGCUACGAAAAGAAUUGGAAAUAUUUACUCAUGUAUGAAAACUGUUUCAAAGACGUGGCUACUAGUCCUAAAGAACCGAGAACUCUAAAACAUUUGUGCAGGUGCACUAUCAGGAAAAGUUUGAAAGACGCAUGGAAGCUUCCAGUAGGAAUUUUCCAGUUGAGAUUACCAAAAAUUCUCCAGGACUAUCUUAAUCUUGAGUUUGACUGAACAAAGUCCUUUAUUGUGUUUUUGAAAUCCAGAAUAUUGUUUGCGAAAACUUUGCUAUUUUCAAAGUGAAAUAUGUUGAAAUAGAGAGAUCUUAUUAAUUAAAUUGCCUAAAACAUUCGAGAGAGCUGCGAGUAAAAUAACGAUAAUAUAUCAUUCUAAUAGAAUUUAACUUGAGAGUAGUAAAAUCAAUUUUAAAAAUUCUCAUAGAUAUAAUAGCUACAUUUAUUUUAUUUAAGUAAUUUUUAAGAAUGAAUAAUAUUUCUGUGAAAGAUUGUAUUUAGUAUUUUGCGAUAUUAAGAAAUUUACAAGAUGCUUAUAAGGUAUACCUAUAUUUUAUUGUGUAUCAUUCAUAUUGUUUGAAACUUAAUAUUUCCAUCAAGUAUAAUAUUGCAAUUACAGAUAUGUUUACCAAAAGCACUUUUAUAUGUAUUUUCUGUUAGAACUUUUUUAUUUUCUAUCAGAUACAAAAAAAAAAAAAUUCUUUUUUUAAUAGGCAAGACUCAUGACGGAUUUUCUAGUCAUAAAUAUAACUUCAAAAGUUGUUUAAAUUAAUUAAAACUGUUUAUAAACACUACUUUAAACAUUUCUUAGAGCUAUAGCAAUGUCAAUAUCUCUUGCGAUUGUCAGAAAAGUUAUAUCAGUGACAGAUUACAGCUGAAUCAUUCAUUAAUCACCUAAAUAGACAUCACAAAGUAAACAAAGGUGAAAAUAAAUAAAAUCAUUAUCAGAUGCAUUAUGCGCAUAAAACAGAAGCUUUCCAAUAUGUGAUAAUGAUAUUUACAUAUAACUAAUGAAAAAAUAUAUUUUAUCAAAAAUAUAUCAGCUAUAUCACCAUCGCAGUGUUUAUUUGAUUAUGUGAAAAUACCUUAAGUUUUGGGAACAGAUUUAUGUGCGAAAUAAUUCAUAUAGAAAUACCAGGAAAAUUUAAAUUACACCAAAUGACAUAAACGAAUUAUUCUUUUAUGUAUUAUAAUUCAGAUUUCGAUAUAAUUCUCAUUAAAACACGAAGUAUAUUGGUUUUAUAUACAGUUUUUAUUUAUUUCAAUCACAUACUGCUAUGUAUACAUUUUAUUUUAUUAUUAGAAUGUUUUGUAAUUAAAGCAAGCUUGUACAUCUCUUAGUUUUAUAAAUGUAUAUUAAAUAAUUUUAAAUUUAUCUAUGUUACAGCUUGAUUACUUAUCUAAGUUACAUCUAUGAGAAGCUAAGACAUUUUCUUUACUAUGCAGACAGUUUUGAUGCAAUAAAUAGGAUAAUUUUACAUUAAUAAAAUGUACUUUUUAUGCAGCAUACGAAGAUAGAAAAUUGAUAAAUGCAGCAUAUAUCACAAAUACACUCCAGCCAAUCAUGAAUCAGUUGUUUUAGAUAAUUAAAGAAUAUAAAUAACAGUUCAAAAUUUACAAAUAAACUGCUUUUAAUGCUUGUAAUAGCAACUAACACCAUAACAGAGCGUGUUGCAUAAAAUAACUAAAACAUUAAUCUUAAUAAUGUAAAAAUUUUAUAAUUAAUUUUUCAUUA